AUGCCUCUCACAACGUCUGUUUUGACGGUGGACGCGGAUAAUAUUCACAAGGUGGAUACCGCAAACGCUCAGAGUCUCCAUGGCAUGUGGAUGGUCUUCUCGAAAUGUGCCGAUUAUAUGGACCAAGGCCGACGACUUGAGAAUUUGAGUUGGCGCCUGUGGACCCGUGAGACAUUUUGUGUCGAGCCGGAACUCUCUAAGGAUACCUCUGUCCUGCCCAAGUUGCGUUCCGAAGCUGGUGAUCUCCCGGAGCUCUCCGCUAGCGUUGAGUCGGCCGCGUCCGACCAAGCCGAACGCAUUGAGGCUCACAUCAAGCGUCCUAAGUACUCCGAUUAUCGUCCUGCUGUGGUCCGCGAAGACUCUUUGGCUAGCUUAGGCCGAGGAAAGGAAAAGCACAUCACGUCGUUGGAUCUGGAGCGCAUGGUCCUCAACAUUAAAGAAAAGAAGAACCUCGAGCCGCUACCUACCGUUGAGCCUGCUGCUCCUAUCGUCGAUAUCACCCCCCUUCCAUCGGCUCCUACACCUACUCCCCCCUCAGUAUCUACUGCUAGACAGGUUCCGGUUUUCCCUCGUCCCGUCUGCAAGCCUCGCCAAUCUACUGAAUCUUGUUCGACAACUGCACCCGAAGGAAACGAAAGCGAUGGAGCUCAACUUAAUAAUGCAUCAGAUACUAGCGUCUCUUCGUCUGGCGUUCUACCAUCCCGCCCGGAAUUGAUCAAAUCACCUAGCGUUAUUCGUGGAUUCUCGCCUUCGAUGAUCUCAUCCUCUUACCGGUCGCAACCUAAACUCGCUCUCGAGUCGAGCCCGUCCCGCUCUACCACUCAAUUGAAGCCAUCGCCACUCAAGAAGAAGGGAGGCAUGUUCACUCUAGGUGGAUCUUCCGGUGACGAUGAUGAAAGCUCUUUCGAGGAACGAAUGGUCGCCAAACCGACACAAGAAAAUGCGACCGGUGGCUUACUACGACCUACGACUAGCACCCCUAGUUCUUCAAAGAAGGUUGCCUCACUUAGCGAUGAAGUUGCAUUCCGACCGAAGAGUCCCAGUCAUUUCGACGAAGAUGCCAUCGAGACCGACGACGAAGUAUCAGAGAGCGCAAUUGAGGACGAUGAAGAUUCGGAUUGGGAGGACUCAGUGACCGAAAGUGGCAAGUCUAGCGUGGACGAGCGACCGGAGCUCUUCCAACGAGUUGAUUCCAGACCCAACCUGGUUUCAAGGCGAUCACUUCUUACUAUGAUGAUGCACCAGCCAAACAACAUGAGGCAAGGAAAUGCAUUCCGAUCCAGUCCUGCAUUACAACGCUCGCGUUUGACAUCACCCAACGGUCCAUCCCUCCCCGGUUCACCCCGCCAACCCAACAAUGAUGAUGAGAGUUUGACCAUGCGUGGCCCCGAUGUUCCCCGAUCGAAGCCCAUCGUUAUGAAGUCCCCUCCGCAAUCAGCUGCCCAUUCACCUCGCACCACUCGUCGCAACAUGCUUGCGACCGAAUUGACCGAAUCGCUUCGCAGACAUCUUCUCUGGGAACGCCAACAGAAGAGCGCAACUGCGAAUGCGUUCAUGAAGCGACGUCAUACCGCCCAUGACAUGAAGAAUCUCCAAGAGUAUCCGGGGCCGAAGGGCCCCCACCGUGCUCCGGGUCAAGGUACAUCUGCCUCGGGCGAGGGCAACAAUUCUCGCGACAAAGACUUCUCUAAGAACGGCUCAUGGACCAACUAUGCAACCGACUAUGGCCCUUGGGAAUACCACGCCAAGGGAUGGUAA